AUGCCCUUUAUUGAUCCUUAUAUUCCUUAUACAAAAUAUUUAUUUAUAUUUGAGCAAUAUAGUGAUUGGUUAAGUUCCAGACCCUCAGUGUUAGUUACAACGUCAUCUUUGUAUCUUGAAAAGUUCCUAGGUUAAUUGUGUUAAGUAAAAUUUGUGCAAUCAUGUCGUUGUAUUUUGAUAACCGAAUUCAAAAUCUUGUACCUUCAUCAAUUAAUACUUUUGCUAUUUGGCACAUGAAUUUUCCUUUAUUAGCUGUAGCCGCUUAUUCCCAAAAUAAAGGUGGUUUCAUUACCAUUUAUAAUGAUCACGGUGAACUUAUUCACGAUUUAAGGUCUCUGGAAUUCUCAACUUUUCAAAUUUCGGCACUCAGCUGGCACCCAAAUCGAAAAUUGUUAAUAGUUGGUAAGGAUAAUGGUAGCAUCAAACUUUGGGAUGAAGAUUCUGAAAGUAACGAAUUUUCUGAAAUCGGGACUCCUCACAGAGACUCGAUUUCAAUAUUGGAAUGGAGUCAGCAUGGUGGCAGAUUAAUAUCUGCUGAUACAUCAGGCUCACUCGUCGGUUGGCGGGUUGACAAUAAAGGCCAGUUAUUGAUUAUGUUUCAUCAUGACCUCAAAAAGUCAUUCAUUCAUAUUGCAUUUCGAUCAAUAUCAAAAAGCUAUUUAAAUAAUGUUGCGAAAACUGGCAUCGUAGAAGAUGAACGGGCAUUAAAUUUAUUCGGUACUUGGAGACCAAGAACUGCAGUUCAAACACCUUAUAGUCAAAAAGAUAACUAUGCUUUCUUUAUCGGAUCUUUAGAUGGAAUUUUAUAUUAUAUUGAUGCUAAAGGUCACUGUAAACAAGUAUUAAAUACAGAUGGAUUAACUUUGUAUGGUUUAUUACACCAUCAAUCGAAAGAUUCGAUAGUUGUUAUGACAGAAGGAUUGAAUAUUUGUCAAUUUCAAAUUGACCCCUUCACAGGAGAGUUAACGGAAUUGAUAAAAGUUAAGUUGUCUUGUAAAAAUAAUGAAUUGAGAACAAGAAACCCGCUAUGCUGGAUAGGUAAUAACACUUUGGCAAUACUUACUGGGGAAUUGGAUAUUAGAUGCUGGAAUUUACAAAACGGUAAUACGUAUGUUUUAUCACCACUUCCAACUCCAUCGUCUGAAAAUAUAUCAACUUCUCAAGAAGUAUGUACUAGUUUUACAUAUUGCAAAAUUAACAAAACUUUGGCAGCAGGAACAAAUUUAGGGACCGUUUAUUUUUGGAAACGAGAAUUUUUGGCUUGUAAUAAUGAAUAUGGUUGGCCCACAACCCCAAAAUUUUGCAAUGUUCAUGGAACAGUAAAAGAACUUAUGUGGGGUGGUGCUUUCCUCAGACAUCCUGUUUUUGCAGUUAAUUGUAUUACGAAUGUAUUUAUUCUUCAUGAACAACAUAUGUGUGCUGCAUACAAUGAUGAUGUGUGUGUAAGUCAAAUUUCACCCACUAAAUUAAUAAUCGAAGAAGAGAAUCAGUCUUUUAGUUUACUUACUGAUAUUCAAGUACAGAUAUUAGCUACCAAUAAGAAUUAUGUUGUGAUUUCCUCCGGAAAACAAAUAGUAGUUUAUAGAAUUAACAGAAAUGAGAUAUUAAACACAUCAAUUGAACAAUCCUUUAAUUGUGAUGCUGAGAAAAUUCUUAUUUAUGAAUCUACGUUAAUUAUUUUGACUACAGCUCUCAUUCAACUCAAAACAAUAAAAGGAAAUGUAAUUCAAAAUUUACCAGCAUUACCUGAGGAGGGUGAACCCAUUACAAUGGAAUUAACAGCACAAUAUUUAACUGUUGCAUCAUUGAAUGGUAUAUUAAAAAUUUGGGACUUGAGUAAACGUCUAGCAAAACUUCAUACAAGAACACUUGCAGUAUCGAAAGUUAUAAAAGAUUUUGCGGAAGUUAUUGAAGCAAAAUGUAAUUCAGACUGUCGAUGUGUUUCGAUUACUGUUGCUACGUCAAAUUUAUUACCAAGUUCAAUUUUAUACAUUUGGGACAUUGAGGGGGAUCAAAUAUUUGAAUUUGACUUUGCACAAUUGAGUAAUAGUUAUGAAAAUUAUGCAGGAAUGAUUUCAAAAUCACAAGGAAGAUUUAUUAUAACACAUUGUUGGGAUGUUAUUGAUCCCCGAGUACUUGUAUGUCAAAUCCAAACGAUUGAAAAUUAUGAUACUCGAAACUUUUAUAAUUCUCAAUUGAUGCCAAACGACAUUAAAAAUACUGUAUUCAUUUCAAUGUUUGUUACUCCUGAGCAUGGAAUAACGAUCCAUGAUUAUCGUUCAAUAGAAGAUAGUUAUUGUCGUCUCAUAGAAGUUAAAUCACCGUUCAUUAUUGCUUUAAAUCCAGAAAAAGAAAAUAAUCGAAGCAAAUUGACGAAAUUAUUUAUGAGAGAAUUUGAAGACUUAGGUGUGUGUGAUGAAACCAUUAAAACAGCUAUUAUGGAUUUUAGCUUUUAUAUAAGUAUGGCUAAUACAGAUGAAGCAUUUAAAUCAAUUAAAGCUAUAAAAAAUGAAGCUGUGUGGAAAAGUCUCGCGAAAAUUUGUGUUAAAACAAAACAAUUGAAUAUGGCUGUUAUUUGUUUAGGCCACAUGAAAUUUGUAAGAGGUACAAAAGCUUUUAAACAAGGUAUUCACGAUCCAAGUUUAAAUCUAGAAGCAAAAAUCGGAAUUCUCGCAGUGGAGUUAGGACUUUAUGCAGAUGCUAAACGUUUAUUUCGUGAAGCUAAAAGGUUGGAUCUUCUUGGUAGUUUUUUGGAAACUUGUCAUAGACAUUCUGAAGCUAUAACUCUGGCUGAAAAUGAAAAUAAAAUUAGUGAAAAGUUGAGUUACUAUAACUACGCAAAAAUUCUAGAGCAACAAGGAAAUGUGGAAAAAGCAAUUAAGAUGUAUACAAAAGCAAACAGUGAUAAGUUUCAAGUACCAAAAAUUUUACUUAGUCAACCCAAAGAACUUCACAGUUACUUUGCAGCUUCAAACGAUAAGGAAACAAAAAAUUGGUAUGCUCAAUAUGUAGAGUCCACAAGAGAUAUAGAAGGUGCAUUACGACUUUAUGAAGACGCUAAAAAUACUUUAGCUGUAACUAGGCUCCUCUGUUAUCUUGGUCGUGAUGGAGAAGCUUGUGAUUUGGUUAUAAAAACGAAUCAUGCCGCUUCUGCAUAUCAUUUAGCUGCACAUUAUGAAUCAAUUAAUAAUAUUUCUCAAGCCGUACAUUUUUAUACAGUAUCAAAGGCUUAUACUAAUGCAAUAAGAAUUUGUAAGGAAAAUGGAAUGAUCGAAGAACUUUGGCCAUUAUCAGUUCUUGCACCAAGACAGCUAAAAAUUGACAUAGCAAAGUACUAUGAGGACAAUGAACAGUCAGAUAAAGCAAUAUUAUUAUAUCAUCAGUCAGGAUUACUCCCGAAAGCCUUAUCUCUAGCUUUUAAUACCCAGCAGUAUGACUCUCUACAGCUAAUAACUAGUGAUUUGAACUCUGAUACAGAUCCAAUGUUUAUUACAAAAUGUGCAUAUUUUUUCGAAAAAAACAAUCAAAUUGAAAAAGCUAUACAAUUAUUAGCUAAAAGCAAAGAGUUUAUAGAAGUAUUGAAUUUGAUUCAAAAAUAUAAUGUCCCAUUAACUGAAGACCUGGCAGAACAAAUGACAACUGAUAAGGUGGCAAACGAUAUGGAAAGUGAACAUGUACGAAUUUUAACCUUAGAAAAAGUAGGGGAAAUAGCAUUUGAACAGGGUAAUUAUCAUUUAGCAACCAAAAAAUUUACUCAAGCUGGGAAUAAAUUGAAAGCAAUGAAAGCACUUUUAAAAUCUGGGGAUACAGAAAAAAUUUGUUUUUUUGCACAAGUUUCAAGACAGAGAGACAUAUAUAUUAUGGCUGGAAACUAUUUACAGUCAUUAGAUUGGCAAAAUCAGCCAAAUAUUCUCAAAAAUAUAAUAAACUUUUAUUCGAAAGCGAAAGCAAUGGAUCUGCUAUCUAAUUUUUACGUUGCAUGUGCUCAAGUUGAGAUUGAUGAGUUUCAAAAUUAUGAGAAAGCAAUUGAUGCAUUCAAUCAAGCCAUUAAAUGUAUGUCGCAAGUGACUUCACCGAAAGAUCAUGCAUUACAUAAACACGCUGUUGACGCUAUUAAUACGAAGAUAAUGAUAAUAAAACAUUUUUUAGACAUUAAACAAUUAUUCACGUGCGGAGCUACUGAGCAAGCACUUUUUCAAAUUCGGCAGUUACUAAAUACACAUGGUGAUGAUUUGGAGAAAUCUGUUCGAAUUGGUGAUGUUUUUUCCACGAUUACUCAGCAUUACAUCGAUUUGGGUGAUUUAGAAAAAGCGCGUAAUUCCAUAAAAGAAUUGAAACGCUUGAAGCCAGAAAUCCAUCUGAAUUAUUUUUAUAAUACGAGCGUACUAGAAUCUCUGGGUUAUCAAAGAAAUACUCCGCGAGAAACGAGUCCAGAUAAGGAUAAUAAAAUAGACGAAUUUCUAGAUUAGUUAAUAUUGCGAUUGUUGACGACACAAUAAUUGUUGAAAUAUAGAAGCAAUAAAUACUAUACUAAGAUACAGAGGUUUAAAAGAAAUAAAUGAAUGAAGGAACUUUUUAUUUCCUUCACUCUACAGGGGUAAUCAUGAUUAAAGAAAAUGAUUUAUUCAAUGAUGAAUGUAUAUCUGUAUAGUAUUAAAAUUAAAUUGUUUUGAAUCAUUUCUAAUUGUUUCGAACAAUUUUUUAAAUCAAGGUAAUUAUUAAAAUAGUUAUAAAAGUUAAUAAUUCUAAUUUUUAAAAACAUAUCGUGCCUUGUAGCAAAACAAUGUUUUACAUUUAAUGAAAUGGCGAUCAUUAUUUAGAAAGAGUAUUCAGAGAAAAUCAUAUGUCCAAGAGCGCUUUUUCUUUUGUAUGUAAAAUGUCUAGUAUUUACCUUACCCUCGCGGAUUUGGAAUUACUGUAAAAUCACAGUGAAUUCGCUUUCACCGAAAGUUUACGGUAUGUUUACGGUGAUUUUAUAGUGAAUUCGCAGUCAUUUUGUGCCAUUUUGUCAUUGUGAUUUAGUAGUGAUUGCACUGUGAGUUUACAGUAAUUUUGCGGUGAAUUUAUAAUAGUUUCAACAUGAUUUUAUUGUAAAUCUAUGCUAUGGUGAUCUGAUAAUGGUAACAGAGUGAGUUCGAAACGAUUCCACAGUGAAUUAAUGGUGAUUUCACCAUGAUUUCACAGUAAGUUUAUGGUGAUUUGACUAUAGUUUGAAUAAGUUUUUGGUAUUUUUUUUAAAAUCUGUAUUUCAGAAAAAAAAUCGAAUAAAGAUAAAAAUCUAAAUAGGUGCAAUUUUUAAAAGUUUAUACUUCUAAAAUAAAAAGCGAUUAAAUUCUGAAGAAUGUCUUUUAUAAGGUAAGAGAAAAAUAUUUUUCUUAAUUUAUCUAUUCAUUGUCUUAUUGAGAAACUUAAUUUCAGUUCGGGUUUCACUACAUUUAAAAAUUGGUGUAUUACCGUACGAUAGACGGUGUGGCUCAAUAAGUUAUUCCCUGGCAGAUUCUUAAUCACUGUAAAAUCAUCUUAAAACGACGGUCGAAUGACCGUAAAUUGACGGUACCGACAAAUGACCGUAUACCGACUGUUAAAGAAACGUUAUUUAGUAGUGAAAGACAAGUGCCGUUGUGAAAAUUCUCGAUUGUAACUGUGUAGUUGAUGUUUUGUAUGUGCAUUAUAUUUCAGCUGACUAGUGACCGUAAAUUAACAGGUAAUGGACGGUCUUUCUAUUGUCAUUGAUAAUUAUAGGAAUUAUCAAAAACCGAAAUCUUGGCGGUUCAUUUACAGUAUUGAGUGAGUCAAACACACUUGUCAAUCGAACGUAUAGUGUCGGUAAGUGAGAAACUUUUCGUUAAUAGUGAACUAUCGAUUAGUUGUCGGUCAGAUUUUUCAUUUUUUAAAUGUCUCUGAUAGUCAGUGAUAGACUCCAAGUAUACUGAAAUUAUUCAUGUCAUGAAAAAAUGUAAAAAACAUUUAAAUAAUAAAAUUUUUAAUCAUUAUAGUAUAGUGCCGGAUAGCUCAAUUGGUAGAACACUCGGCGCGAUACCGACAUGGUCUGGGUUCGAUUCCCAGUUCGGGCUAUCUAUAUUUUUCUCAAUUUAUCUAUAAAUUGUCUUAUUGAGAAGGUUUGCAUGUUUUAGGUUUUCACUAUAUUAAAUUGGUAAGGACUUCAAAUAUAAAUGAGUUUAGAUAAGAUUAACAGAGAUAUAGUAUUAAUAAAUGUAUUAAUUGUUAACAACAGCAGAUGUAAAUCAUUAUCAAUGGAUUAAACAGUUUUAAA